UAGGUCUUCAAAAUUCCAGCCUGUUGUCUAGUAAUCCAACGCGAUCCUCGGAUGUGGCGAAUGUACAGGGCACAUAUGGGGCUGGAACAUGUCUUGUAUGAACGACACUCUCAUGAAUCGUCGUCUGCAUUCUCCAUUGAAUCGGUCGGUCAUUUACGACGAGCCACAAGGACUCGAGGCCACUCUUCCUCCGUAGCGAAUCUUGAAAAGCGAAAGAUCAGUACAGUCAUACAAAGUUCGAAUGCCGCCGAUAGCAAGCGGUGGUAGACUCAGAAGCGACACGAAAUGGUCGCAAUUGAAGACUCCGGUUGAACAAAGUUCCUAUCUCCCCAUUUGUCCAGCUUCCAAUUUCUCA